AUUGUGAAAAGGAAACAUUCUUCGUGUAGUAGAAAUUGAAUAAUUUAGUGCUAAAACUCAUUGAAAAAAAUGCCACUACUAGCAGAAUUGACUGGUGAUGAGACGAUGGACAAUUGCCGGACAUUUGUGUUCGAAAAUGAGGAUCACACACUUGGAAAUGCCUUGAGAUCCAUCAUCGUGCGGUAUCCAGAGGUUGUUUUUGUCGGCUACACCAUUCCUCAUCCUGCUGAAUCAACCCUCAACUUCCGGAUACAGACAACACCGUCUGUGCGAGCAAUUGAUAUCCUUCGGCGUGGACUACAGGAUCUGGAAGCAGUGUGUGAUGUUACCCUUGAGAAAUUCGACGCAGCAAUGCAGAGAAUAAAAUAAAAUAGAGAUUGAAUUGAU